CUUCUCUUCAGACCUUUACUGCGUGGAUGACAGCUUGCCUUUUAUCCUCAACAUCUGCCUGGCCAACACGUAUGGGCUCCUGGGCCUGCUGGUGAUGAUCACCUACGGCCUCCCUUGGAUCGCUCUGGUCUUGCUCCCCCUGGCUGCCCUCUACUUCUCCAUCCAGCGCUACUACCGGCGCACCUCCCGUGAGCUCAAGCGCCUUUACAGUCUCACCCUCUCGCCCAUCUACACUCACUUCUCCGAGACCCUCUCAGGGCUGAGCAGCAUCAGAGCCAUGCGGGCAACACGCAGGUUUGAGGUGGAGAAUCAGCUGCGCCUGGAGCAAAACCAGCGCUGCCUCUUGGCCAGCAACGCAGCGAUGCAGUGGCUGGACAUCCGCUUGCAGAUGAUCGGGGUUGCUGUGGUUACUGCUAUUGCAGGAAUUGCCAUUAUCCAGCACCAGAAGCAACUAGGAAAUCCAGGACUUGUGGGCCUGGCACUCUCAUAUGCCUUGUCUGUCACAAACCUGCUCUCAGGCCUCAUUUCCAGCUUCACUAUGACAGAAACCAUGAUGGUGAGCAUGGAGCGGACAGAGGAGUACGCAACAGACAUCCCCAUAGAGCCCCAGGAUAAGGUGGUCCAGGUUGCUGCUGACUGGCCAAGCCAGGGGCAUGUGGAGUUCCAAGAGGUGGUUCUGGCGUACCGAGCAGGCCUGCCCAACGCACUUGAUGGAGUGAGCUUCGCUCUGUAUCCCGGGGAGAAGGUGGGGAUUGUGGGUCGCACAGGAUCCGGGAAAUCUACCCUUUUCUUGGCGCACUUCCGCAUGCUGGAGCUGAAAGCAGGGCGGAUUCUCCUGGAUGGUGUCGACAGCCGGCUGGUGGGCUUGAAAUACCUGAGGUCCAGGCUGGCCAUCAUCCCCCAGGAUCCAUUUCUGUUUAGCGGCUCAAUUCGAGAGAACCUGGACCCGCAGGGCCAGCACACAGACUCUGAGCUGUACCAGGUGCUAGAGCAGUGCCACCUGCGGGACGUGGUCCUUCACAUGGGUGGAUUGGACAGCGAGCUGGGAGAGAGAGGGAAGAGUCUGUCUGUGGGACAGAGGCAGCUGGUGUGUUUGGCCAGAGCCCUCCUGACACAGGCCAAGGUGUUGUGCAUUGAUGAGGCCACAGCCAGCGUGGAUCAGAAGACAGACCAGGUGUUGCAGCAGACCAUCCGCCAGCGCUUCGCUGACAGAACGGUUUUGACAAUUGCUCACAGGCUCAACACCGUUCUGGACUCGGACCGCGUGCUGGUGAUGCAGGCCGGGAGGGUGGCAGAGCUGGACUCCCCGGCCCGCCUGCGUGGGAAGGAGGGAUCCUUGUUCCAGCAACUCCUGCGCAGCGGACAGCAGUGA